UAUUGCCAGUUUUCAGAUUUGUUUGGAGAAACUUUGGAGUGCCGAAAAAAAUUAAUCAUGUUUUGAAUCGCGGAAUAUGAGAUAUUUUACUAUCCGUUAAGUUUGUUUUGCGACUGUUUAGAAGCGACAUCUUGACAUCAGCCAAACGCUAACCUUAGAUUAUUUGCUUGACAAGCUGUGCUGCCAGCGUUGUUGGGAAAUUGUCGUAAUUAGUCAAGAUGAAGAGGACGUUCUUCCAGAUGGCGGAACCACGUUGGAUGUUCACGAUUGCGGUGGGACUGGGAAUGCUGCUGUGGAGCUGGCUGGCUCCGAGCUCCAUCCCGGGACCGUACGGACUGUAUUUGGGUCCGGUGGGAAUGCUGGGCCGCUUCCUCGGGGAGAACUUCCCCCACAUCGUUUCCUCCAUAGUGUACGUCGCUACCUUUCUGCAUAUCGGCGAGGCGCUAUAUGCAGCUAAACUAUGUUGGGAUCAGCGUCUGACCGUCGGCACGUCACUUAAGUGGGUGCUGCAGACCUUCCUCUUCGGCUUCGCCUCCCUGCGCAUUCUCCGCAGCCGGACCCGCACCGCCUGACGACCUGACCCACGCUUUUCCCCAACCACCCAGAUGCAUUUGCAUCUUGCAGCCAGCGAGUUCGCCUGCCGGAUGUGAAAGUACCAAAGAUAGACUAUAUUUUCCUGUUCCUCACCAUGCCCGUAAUCAUAAGUUGACACGAUGUAUAUGGCGCUUUAUGGAGAUUUUUGACUGUUUUAUUAUGAUUUUGCUGUUGAUUGUUAUACCGUGGUAGAUUCGCAUCGUGGAAUGCAAGUGUACUGACCACAGUCAUCUAGGGCACCCUAAUUUUUACUGUUUUAGUGAGUUAUUCUGUUGCUGCAUUCUGUAUUUUUAAACUGUAUUGUUCGG